AAGCAUCUCUUCUCGACUUUCUUCCCGGACAAGUUUUCGGACUGCCGUUUGAAAUCAAUGGCGGAACGCGCUCCUGAAGAUGCCCGCCCAGAUAACACUGCUGCCGCAUCGUCCUCUUCUUCGCCAUCUAAGUCCGCCAUCUCUUCUCCUCCCGUGAAAGAGGGUUCGCCUAUGACCCCGGCUUCACUUUCCGCCUCAUUUGCGGAAUUCAACACCAGUGUGCAAGCGGCUGCACUGCAAGCCACACGGAGUGCAGCUGGCUUGCCCUCCGACAUUGGCUUUCACAGGUCGAUUGACCGCGAGCUUGCCGACGAUCUCGACGCGUUUUCGGCGCGUGUUCUGUCGCUAACGAACAAUCUAUUGGCAUUGGCUGCGACUGCUGAGUCAUCUUAUCGCGGCAAGGGAAAGGCGAAGCUGAAAACCUGUGACGACGUCGUCGAUGAUUUCCAUUCGUUGGUGGUGGAUUCCAUGGACCGGUUGCUGGAACGAACUGAUACAUGUCUUGAUGAUUUCCUGGGCCGUAAUAAAGUGCCUGUCGUUGCAAUUGACGCUGACGCUAUCCGCAAAACCCAAAAGCCUGUCGCGGUGAAGGGCGGGCGUCUGGACCCAGCAGUGCAGCACGCAGCUAGUCUCGUCAAACCGCAGCUGGCAUUCAAGCACUUAGUCAAAAACACCGACGAGCCGUGGUAUCCAGCUCUUUCGCACAAAUUCAACGCUCAAGUGCCGUUGGGUCAUAUCUUCGAAGACGCAGAAAGCGAUACUAUAAUGAAGCAUCCGUACCGAUACGAAAUCACGCACACGCCCUAUCCGCAGCGCAUGUUCCAAGAGGCCACACCCAUCCCCCCCACGUCUUUUGGAUCGACAUCAGCUACCUGGGUGUCCACUCCCGAGGCGUUGGCGGCCCUGGUGAACGACCUGCGUCGUGCGAGUGAGAUCGCCAUUGACCUUGAACACAACGACUAUCGGACAUAUGUGGGGAUGGUAUGCCUGAUGCAGAUCAGCACCCGCACUCAGGACUGGAUCGUUGACACGUUGGCCCUGAGGGCCGAGUUGGCGACAGGUGAAUUGAACGAGGUUUUCACUGAUCCAAAGAUCGUCAAGGUGCUUCACGGUGCUGAGAGCGACGUAGUUUGGCUGCAGAGAGAUUUUAAUCUUUACUUGGUCAAUCUAUUCGAUACCUUCCAUGCCUCGAAGUUGCUUGAGUUCCCUCGGCAUGGACUAGCAAACUUGCUGGAGAUGUAUUGCGACUUUACACCGGACAAGCGGUACCAGCUCGCUGACUGGCGUAUACGCCCAUUGCCCGACGACAUGUUGCAGUAUGCUCGAUCUGACACGCAUUUCCUCCUGUUCAUCUACGACAACUUGCGCAAUGCCCUUCUAGAUCGAGCACGAUCCCGUCCGUCAUCCCCUUCGCCGAAUACGUCCUCUACUAGCAGUGAACACUCGCUUGUUCGACAGGCACUCACGCGCUCCGAAGAAACUGCGCUGCGAAUAUACGAGAAGGAGAUUUAUGAUUCGGAACGCGGGUCAGGGCCUGGUGGCUGGGACUCCCUCGCUCGAAAAUGGAACAAGGGUGCAUUGGUCGCUGCUGCGGAGACACCCACUGGCAAAGAAACGCUCCAGCGGGCAGUCUACCGAUGUGUUCAUGCUUGGAGAGACCGAAUCGCUCGGGAAGAUGAUGAGAGUGUCCGAUAUGUGCUUCCGAACCAUUUCCUGUUCCAGCUGGCAGAACAGCCCCCGUCCGACAUGGGGUCGCUGUUGAAAUUGUUCCAGUCUGUGCCUCCCGUUGUGCGGAGGAGGGCGAAAGAACUGCUGGAUGAGAUCGGGGCUUGUGUUGAUCAGUAUAGGUCAACUCCUGCUGCACCCGUUGAGCCGAGAAAGGAUGUUGUCAUGGAGCAAGCACCACUGGCACAAGAAGUCCGAGCUCCCGUUCAAUCGAGCCUGUUUGGUGCUGCUGUCGUCAAUGCCUCAAACGUCACAGCCUCUAGCUCCCUCUUCGGAGACAAGGCCGGUCCGAGAACUGUCGCACUGACCUCCCAGUUCCGGGAAGUGCUAUCUCGGAUCCAUAACAAGCUUGUCGUCAUUCCUGCCAUGCCUGUGGUCCAACCCGAUCCGGAGCCAGUUGCCGACCCUGCAUUGGGCAUGCAGGUCGAGAUGCCUUACGUUCCUCCGGCACAACGGGCGAUCCGACCCGUCGUCGACGAGUCGAUCGUCGUUGUCGGGCAGGCUCGUCAAAAGAAGCGGAAGCGCACCAAGACUGAGACGGGUGGGCAACAGGACGCUGUAGAGAAGACAGAUCCGCAGGAAGAAUUCGACUUUUCUGCGGUGCCCAAUAUCCUGGACGAUGUGCCGAAUGACCAGGAUAUGAGGGUCAAAAAGAAGAAGAAAGGCGACAAGCGAGGGAAAGAUAAACCGAUGUAUGGAGAUUUCCCUGCGCCACCGAAAGCGCACAGAGACGUGAAAAGUGGCAAUAUGUCCCAUACUUUCAAGCGGUAAAUUCGGUGCCUACACAGUU